UCUCCAGUAUCUUUAUUUUCUGAUAAAACAAUUGUUAGACCAUUAAUUGUUGAAAAUCACAUAAAUGGCUCAUCUUUUCCAGGGGUCUUGAUUUAAACGUACAGUACUUUAAAAGAUUGAUCUAUAGCUCGCCCCCAGAUGGCACGCCUACCCCAUGCAGCCGUACCAUUCUCCUUUUUAUUGGACCACUGACCGAGCGGAAAAGCUUCUAACGUAACUUGUGUGGAUAAGACUGAUGCUGCGACUGGACGGUUUGUGCUGUUAUAAUGCAAUAUAUUACAUAGGCCAUCAUUUUCCAAAAUAUGUGGGUUUUUUUAACACCGAGAAGGAAAAUAUAAAACCCUUACAAUUGUGGUGACAUCGGUCCGUCCAUCUUUGCAAAACGCAGUCAAAUUACUGGGAGGAUAUUUUGAACGCGGACCGAAACUUGAGAUCUGCAUUGUUUGCUGCAUCCGAACUGACCUCUGGCCACUUGAUACACAGCUGCGGGUGGCUUUCCCCACACUGGAGUGCUGCUGCUGGUAGAGAUCACCUACUGUGCACAGAGAAAUUAUAAGCCUUGAGCAAGAGCCUGCUAUCUGGUAGCAACACCGAAAACACAGAGAAAUAAUCCAGUCAUCAAGUGAAUAACUCAUUUCAGUUUUUCUUGUUUGACUGUGGCAAAGACUUUUAUUUGUUUCCUUUCAUUAAACACAUGUGCUGCUUUGUGACUGUCAGCUGCAAAGGGCAUAGUAACGCUGGAAUUUGCCAUCUGCAAGUAUCAUGUGCUUCUCCUCGGCAUUCUUCAAGCUGUCGCGGAAAGUCAAGUUCUUGGUGCUGGUUGGCUUCUGCGUGAUGAUCCUGACUUGGAUUGCCACCUUUGGCAAUGUGACCAACGCAGUCAGAGACCGGCCACAAUUGGUGGAGCUGAUGAGGUCACAGAAGGUUGUGACUGAGGGAUUGAGAAACGCAGAGGAGUCGGAAUGGGGGAAUCGCCAUCCUUCUCCAGCCCCAGUGGCCACACUCCAGCCCUGCCCUGCGCUUUCUCCUCAUCUACGUGGUCUGCUGGCACUCUCCUUCAAGCCCUCUCUAACACUGGCCGAGGUGGAGCAGGAGAAUGCCCAGGUGGUGGAGGGGCAGUAUGAGCCUGCGGAUUGCCAGCCCCGCCAGAGCGUUGCCAUUCUGAUCCCCCACCGCAGCCGCGAAAAGCACCUGCUCUACCUGCUGCAGCACCUGCACCCUUUCCUGCAGCGUCAGCAGCUGCACUACGCCAUCUACAUCAUCCACCAGGCUGGGAAUGUGAAAUUCAAUCGAGCCAAGCUACUGAAUGUAGGGUACCUGGAGGCUCUGAAGGACUAUAAGUGGGAUUGCUUCAUCUUCCACGACGUCGACCUGGUCCCAGAAAACGACUUGAACUUGUACGUCUGCGACAGCCAGCCCAAACACCUCGUGGUGGGGAGGAAUGCCACGGGAUACAGGCUGCGCUAUAAAGGCUAUUUUGGAGGAGUGACUGCUAUGACGAGGGAGCAGUUCUCCAAAGUGAACGGCUUUUCAAAUACAUACUGGGGCUGGGGAGGAGAAGAUGAUGACCUGAGGAUAAGGGUUGAACUUCAGAGAAUGAAGAUUGUUCGUCCGUCCCCUGAAGUAGCCCGCUACACGAUGAUCUUCCACACCAGGGACAAUGGCAACGAAGUGAAUAAAGACAGGAUGCGUCUCUUGAGCCGGACCUCCCGUGUGUGGAAGACGGACGGCCUGAAUUCCUGCACCUACAAGGAGCUGUCACUAGAGCGAGUGCCGCUCUACAUCAACGUCACUGUGGACAUUGGCAAGCCUCCGGGACAUCCCUAAGCCCAGGCUUUGUUAGAAGGAUAUCUUCCUGAAACCGAUGAAGUGAAAAGACACUGCUAGACUGUGUUAAAGAAAAAUGCUUGAAUCAACAGCAAGGAGAGCGAGCCACUGUGAACUUGUAAAACAGACCUGGGCAAUUUCUCUCACAAUGUGUUGCUAAAGAUUGUCUUUUUUCCCCCUCAAGUGUCCUUCAGAUUUCUAUUUGGGAUUUCUACAGUACCACCAGUAGAUGCGGGGUGCUGAAGGCCUGUGCUGUCUUCAUCACAGGCGACUGUCGAAUCAAGUGAGCGCUUUUGUAAUUGUAUUCUAAUUCGAAUUCUGAGUCUGUGUGGGAAAUUGGAAACUGAGCCCCCUUAGUGGCAGGCCUGUGGAGCUCUAUACUAAUAUUCACGGGUGCAAACUAAAAAGGUAGUUCAUUGUCAUGGGUGAGCAGCCUUUUAAAUGUAAUCUCUUUAUAAUCUUCAUUUACAUGUACAGUAUAUUUUUGCAAGGAAUUGUGAUUAAGCAAGCUGGGCUGGGAAGAGUAUAUGAUGCAUCAGAGUGUAAAAAAUUAAAUCGGUGUACAGCCAAUAAACACUGGAAUAACUGGAAGUGGUUACUCAAUUCAUGUUGACCACCCCUUUCCCAUUUAUUUAAAAAAACAAAAAAAAAACAAAAAAAAAACACUACAUUUCCCAGUGCAGCUGGGCAAUGUCCCUCCUUCCUGACUCGUAUCUAUAAUUGAUUCGUUCUGAAUACUUUAAACCCACCCCAACUACUGAGUGGCAGCACAUUCCUACUUUUCUAUUGGAGACGCUGCUUGCGAGAUUUAAACUGAGAUUACAAUUAGGAAUGGAGGCUUGUUCUAGGGAUUUAAAGCUGUAUUACAGUUAAGAUAUGGAGGAUUUAAAACAGAAUAGCAAAUUGUGGCGAAAUGUAAAAAAAAUGCCUACACACAACAUAACCCAGAUGAAUGUUCCCGUGACUAUAGGGAUUUAGUUGUGGAACACAGCAAAGGAAAGAAGGUAUGUGCUGUUGAGUUCCCAAGCAUUCUGGAAAGUAACCGAAAACAAUCAUUUCAUACAGUAUAUAAAGAGCGAAAUCCCCCCCAAUUUUUUUUUAACAUAAAACUCAAAUAGCUAAAAAUUUAAAUUAAUAAAAACUGAAAAACAGAAGCCCUAAUUAUAAUGAAUAUGACUCCUUUCUAUUACAAAAUAUUUUAAAAUGCCGUUCUGGAUUUCCUUUUAAAGAACCAAAACACCUGCCUUAUGAUUUGCGGUGAAAAUCCCAGCCUUCAAUAAAAUAGCCACUGUGACUGAGGAGGCAGUGUUUAUCAAAUACUAAGAUGAAUGUAUGGCAGUUAUACUGAAGUUCAGUGCAAUUGUAAAACUGAUGCUGAAAUGUAAAACUGAAGUGUCCAUGGAGCCUCAAUCACCAUGAUACAGGGUAUAGUGGGAUAUAUAUUUAAAUUGCUAUUACAAUCUGUUGAAUACUCAAUCAUUUCUUUUUCUUUUUUACAUAAUUUACUUUUCUGAUACAGUUCCUAGGCAUACAUGCAGACAGAAUGUUUUGCAUCACCCUAUAGCAUUAACUAAUUUUGAUUCGUAAAGUCGAAUGAAACCUGCUGAAUAAUGUUACGUCAACAUAUUGAAUUGCAUACUGCUUUGUAGUUUUCCAUAUAAUCAAUGAAGAACUGACAAAUUGCAAAUGGAAACUGGACUGGAAACUGGGCUAGUCCUAACCCAAAACAAAAUUAAACUUAAAAUAAAUAAAUAAAUACACACACAAAAAAAGAAUAAACUAAAUCUUAAAGUGGGGGCUUUCCCUUGGUUUCAAAGGGACCUGGAAUCUGGUCACAGGGGUUCCCUUAGUACCGUGUCCGCCUCCUGGUCACAGGUGGGAAUUGCGGGUCUAUGAUUCUGAAGGCACAAACAAGAGUCACUGUGGCAGCAAAGUAUGCUUUUUUCCCCUCGGGUCCUUUGGCUGCAGCUGAUCUCCUCCUAUGCUUUCCAAAACAUUAACUAACUCCCAAGCCACCACAGUCCCCUGAUAUGCUUGCAACAUCCACCUCCCCAAUCAGUGAUGCACUGAUCACUCGUUGGCAGACGUACCACCUUAAUCUUUGUAUUGAAGUGGGGAAGGUUGGAAACAUAAACCCGCCAUAGACACGGGUCUGUUCCAUCUUGACAAGGGAAGGACGUUAAUGGCUUUAGCGACUUUACCUGUCAGGAAGCCAAACUUCACAACUAAAUGUCCUUCACCCGGACACAGACACGUUUGGAAAUCUAACAUGAAAUACUGACUAACGAUUUAUGGCUUCCGGUAAACGUUUGCGAAAUCUUUUUUGUAGUUUCAUUGAUUUACAUGAUGUUAAAUAAAAUAUCUAAAUGUUCA